UACCAUUAAAUCUUGCAUAAGUUAAUUAAAACCGAUCAUUUAAUUUAACUCUAACAACAUUCUCGACCCGUACCAUGAUUCCGCACAAAUGGACACCGUCGUCUUUCCUGCCGGCGGUAGCCAUCGCCGUCGCCGUCCUCGGAAACCUUGCCGGGACGGUGAAUUGCCAGUACAAUUGCGACGACUCCGGCGGGAACUACACGACCAACAGCACGUACCGGGAAAACCUCGGAGCCCUCCUCUCGGACCUUCCGUACAGGGUCGGCCGGAGCGGGUUCUACAACGGGUCGGCGGGUCGGAGCCCCGACGACGUCGUCAGCGCCGUCGUCCUCUGCCGCGGUGACGUGGACGUGGGCACGUGCCGCACGUGCGUGGGGAACGCCACCGUGAGUCUGCUCCUCUUCUGCCCCAGCCAGAAGCGGGCGUACCUGUGGCGGGACCAGUGCAUGCUACGGUACUCCGACGAGUACAUUUUCGGGAUUCCGGCGACGUUCCCGUCGUUCUGGGCGUGGAAUUGGGAGAACGCCACCAGCCUGGACCAGUUCCGGGGGGUGGUCCGGGCCCUGCUGAACGAGCUCCGGGAUCAGGCGGCGGCCGGCGGGGCGGUGAGGAAGGUCGCCGGCGGUGUCCGGCCGGGGCCGGAUUCUCAGACGGUGUAUGCGCUGGUGCAGUGCACGCCGGACAUAACGGCGGUGGAGUGCAGCACGUGCUUGCGGGGGGCGGCGGAGGAUCUCGGCCGCUGCUGCGACUGGCGGACCGCCGGCGGGAUCUUCCGCCCCAGCUGCAAUCUGCGUUACGAUAAUUAUGCUUUUUACAAUCAGACUCUACUCCAGGCGUUGCUGGCGCCGCCGCCGCCAGGAGGAAAUAGUAGCAACAAUGGCAAGAACAUUGCUCCAAAGGUCAUCGGCAUUGUUUUUCCGUUUGCCGGAACUUUGAUCCUUGCGGUGGUUCUGUGGAUUUGCAUCUUUGAACGAAGAAGAAGAAGAGAUCAGCAUAAGCCAAAGAAAGCCCUUGAGAUUAUGAACACCGAAGAGUCUUUGCAAUAUGAUUUUAUCACAAUUCGAGAUGCAACUAACGACUUCUCCGAGGAUAAUAUCCUUGGACAAGGUGGAUUUGGGACGGUUUACAAGGGAGUGCUUGCCGAUGGACAAGAAAUAGCGGUGAAACGGCUGUCGAGGGGGUCAGGGCAAGGUGACGUGGAGUUCAAGAAUGAGGUUGUCUUAAUGGCUCGGCUGCAACACCGGAACUUAGUUAGGCUUUUGGGUUUUUGCCUAACCGAAGCCGAGAGGCUCCUCGUAUACGAAUUUGUUGCAAAUGCGAGCCUUGAUCACUUUGCAUUCGACCCGAUUAUGCGACAACGCCUUGAGUGGAAUACACGUUACAUGAUAAUUAAGGGCAUUACGAAGGGGCUUCUAUAUCUUCAUGAGGAUUCUCGAUUGCGGAUCAUCCAUCGCGAUCUCAAACUUAGCAAUGUACUUUUAGAUGGAGAAAUGAAUCCCAAGAUUGCGGAUUUUGGCAUGGCUCGGCUCGUCAAGGAAGAUGAAACUCACGGUAGCACAAGCCGGAUUGUUGGAACCUAG